CAAUGGACUGGCAUGGUUCCACUCUGGCACAAGGCAGCCUGGGCCUCCAAGGUGCAUUGGGUGGCCCCACUGGGGCUACCUCCGCAGCACCGGCUCCUGCUCCUGUCCAGGUGUCUGCAUCUCAGGCUCAGCCUUCACAGCCUCCAAUAGCAGCAGCUGCAGCAGCAGCUGCAACUGCAUCCACUGGUACAACAGCUAUGAGAGCCUUUCCAAAGCCUUCUAUUGCCACUGCAACAACAUUGAUUGCGCUGUUGCCGGACCAGGCAGGAAAGAAGGAAAAUCUUGCCACAGAGCCUCUUCAAGACAAGGUCUUCUUUAUAUUCAACAAUCUUUCUCUUGCCAACAUGUCACAGAAGGGUGAGGAAUUAAAAGAGCAAGUUGCUGAUGAGUUCAUACCCUGGGUGUCUCAGUACUUGGUAAUGAGACGUGCCAGCAUUGAGCCCAACUUCCACACCUUGUAUUCUUGUUUUGUUGAUGUUCUUAAAAUCCACACACUUACGCAAAUGGUCAUCAAGGAGACUUACCGCAACAUCAAGGUCUUGCUGAGAAGUGACAAAGGUGCCGCCAACUUUUCAGACAGAACUCUUCUGAAGAAUCUUGGUCAUUGGCUGGGCAUGCUUACGUUGGCAAAAAAUAAACCAAUACUUACAGUUGACAUAGAUCUGAAAGGGUUGGUGUAUGAGGCAUAUCAAAAGGGUAGUCAAGAGCUGUUGUAUGUUGUUCCUUUCGCUGCUAAAGUGCUGGAGUCCUGUUCAAAAAGCAAGGUGUUCAAAGUGCCUAAUCCUUGGACCAUGGCCAUGAUGAAUGUGUUGGCUGAGUUGCACCAAGAGCAGGAACUGAAGCUCAAUCUCAAAUUUGAGAUAGAGGUGCUGUGCAAAACCUUGGGACUUGAUGUCAAUGAGCUCAAACCAACAACCUAUCUCAAGGAUCCCACACGCAUGCCUUCAAUUGAACACCAGCUUUCAGCACCAGUACCAAAGGAGGUUCUUUUGCCACCAGAUGACAUUCCUCCUCCCACACAGCCACCUCCAAGCCUCUCUAUGCCUUUCUCUAUAAGCCAGGUACCGGUCUCUAUGCCGCCUCCUGUCCCCAUGCCAGCUCUGCCUCCCGCAGUUGGCUAUCCUAACUACGAUUCCAUCAACACAAAUAUGGCUACUUUCUCUCAGCAGCUUAUUUUCAGUGACAAUCACCCUCUUGUGCAGGCUAACCCUAUUCUGAAACAAGUUAUUCGACCCACCAUUGAGCGAGCUGUUACUGACCUGAUCCUUCCUGUUGUGGAGCGCUCCAUCAAAAUUGCACUAACCACUUGUGAACAGAUUGUCAAAAAAGACUUCGCUCUUGAUCCUGAUGAGAACCGCAUGCGAACAGCUGCACAUUGUAUGGCACGGAACAUCACGGCUGGACUUGCCCUGAUCACAUGUCGGGAACCUGUCAUGGUGCAAAUAGCAGCUAAUCUCAAGCAAGCUUUCUUGACAGCUUUGAGGAGUGUGGCACAGCAGCAGAAGGAGGUGAUAGAGCAGACGGCACAGGUUAUAACUAAUGAGGUGAUAGAAUUUUGUUCGGCGUUCAUCCAGAAAACAGCUGUUGAGAGAUGUAUCCCUGAGAUAGAUAAACGCUUGGCAACGGAGUUUGACUUACGUAAACAUGCACGCAAUGAGGGCCGCCGCUACUGUGAUCCUAUCAUCUUGACAUACCAAGCAGAAAGAAUGCCUGAGCAAAUAAGGCUUAAGGUGGGAGCAGUCACACCUCAGCAGCUGACUGUCUAUGAAGAAUUUGCCAGGAACAUUCCAGGAUUUAUGCCUGCUACACAUGACAUUUACCCUCCUAGUGUUAACAAGACAUUUUUGCCACAGCAGCAGCAGCCCCCACCACCCCCUCCACCACCAUUGCCACAACAGCAGCAGCAGUCCAUGCCAUCACUCCCACAGCAGCAGCAACAGCCCCCACCACCACCAUCAGUUCCACCUCCACAGUUUGCCCCUGAUGAAGUGCUGAUCUAUGAUCGCAUAAUACGUGAACUGGAGCAGCACCUGCAGAUUGUGUUAAUGCUGCACAACAACCACAUUGCCACCCAACUUCGCAGUCUGCUGGAUACUGCUAUACAAGCUCGAAAUACCCGUGAUUCACGUGCUGCCAUAGCGCUUCUGCAAAAGGCAGUGGAAGGGUUGCUGGAUCAGUACUCUCUCUCGAGUAUAAAUGACCAGGAGCUGCUGCUACGUUUCCGUGAGUGCAACCUCUUGGUGCUCAAGGGUCUACAGGACAACAGUGCUUUUGGGAGUGCUACAAGCAAGGAAGUCACAAGAUGCCUGCUUUCUUGCCACGAAGACUUCAGGUAUAAUAUUGAUGCAGUCGACAUCCUCAUCCGCAGUGGACUAGUCAGCCUUCAGCAGUAUGAUGCUUUUCUGUCUUCAGUCAUAGAGAAUGGACUUAACUCCGUUGCUGUCAGCUUUGCCAUGCAGCUUUUGCAGCGUUUAUGCAUUGAAGAGAAGCAUCCCUCAAAUGGAAUUUCAGAGUCUGACUUUCCCAACACUAUUGAGACACUUGCAUCAAUAGCCUCCAGAUCUCGAGGAUCACCUGACGGGCUUGAAUCUCUAGUCAACAUGCUGCGUAACCCAGAAUCCAAUGGCAUGCCAAUAGACCGCACAUCAGGCGGGCCCACAUCCAUGAUGCAGUCAGGCAUCUCACAGGCCCGUGAGUUUGAUGAUCCCCCAGGAUUGCAUGAAAAGACAGAGUACUUGUUGAGGGAGUGGGUGAACAUGUACCAUUCUCCAGCUGCUGGUCGCGAUAGCACCAAGGCUUUUACUUGCUUUGUGCAGCAGUUUUCUGAAGUUACCAAACAUCUCCUCUCAAAACAGAUGCACCAGCAGAGCAUCCUGAAGACUGAUGAACUCAUCACUCGCUUUUUCCGACUGUGCACCGAGAUGUGUGUGGACCUGUGUUACAGAGCUCUUAGUGAGCAGACUCAUAACCCUACUCUUGUUCGUGCUAAGUGCUUUCACACAUUGGAUGCCUAUGUUCGUCUUAUUGCUCUUCUUGUCAAGCACUCAGGUGACACAGCCAACACCAUAACCAAAAUCAACCUUCUGAAUAAGGUGCUGGGAAUUGUUGCUGGAGUGCUGCUGCAGGACCAUGAGGUGCGUUACACAGAGUUUCAGCAGCUGCCAUACCACCGCAUCUUCAUCAUGCUCUUUAUCGAGCUGAAUGCACCAGAGCCUAUUCUUGAGAGCAUCAACUACCAGGUGUUGGCUGCCUUCUGCCAAGUUUUCCAUAUUCUGAGGCCAGCCAAAGCGCCAGGCUUCGCAUAUGCAUGGCUUGAGCUGAUCUCUCAUCGUGUUUUCAUCGGCCGCUUGCUGGCACUCACACCUCACCAGAGGGGUUGGGGCAUGUAUGCUCAGCUCCUCAUGGACCUCUUCAAGCUGCUGGCACCAUUUCUGCGUAAUGCAGACCUCAACAAACCCACACAGCUCCUUUACAAGGGUACACUGAGGGUUUUGCUGGUGCUUCUCCAUGACUUCCCCGAGUUCUUGUGUGACUAUCACUACACAUUCUGUGAUGUCAUACCACCAAACUGCAUCCAGAUGCGCAAUCUGGUUCUUAGUGCCUUCCCUCGCCAGAUGCGACUGCCUGAUCCUUUCACACCAAACCUCAAGGUGGACAACCUACCUGACAUUACCCAGGCACCACGCAUCCUGACCAACUAUGUUGGCAUAAUUCAGCCACCUUCCUUCAAAAAGGAUCUGGAAUCUUACCUCAAGACUCGCUCACCUAUCACAUUUUUGUCUGAUUUGAAGAGCAAUCUGCAGUCUUCAGAAUCUGGCUGCCAUUACAACAUCCAGCUGAUCAACGCCCUUGUGUUGUAUGUUGGCACUCAGGCCAUCCAGCAUGUGCACAGCAAGGGGCAGACGCCUAGCAUUAGCACCAUUGCUCCAUCAUCUCACAUGGACAUCUUUCAGAAUCUGGCUGUUAAUCUUGACACUGAAGGUCGCUAUCUGUUCCUAACUGCCAUAUCAAACCAGCUGCGAUAUCCCAACAGCCACACGCACUACUUCAGCUGCACGCUUCUUUACCUGUUUGCCCAGGCCAACACUGAAGCUAUUCAAGAACAGAUUACCAGGGUUUUGUUGGAACGGCUUAUUGUGAACCGACCACACCCAUGGGGCCUGCUCAUCACGUUCAUUGAACUCAUCAAGAAUCCGACAUACAAAUUCUGGAACCAUGAAUUUGUGCACUGUGCGCCCGAGAUUCAGAAGUUGUUUGAGUCCGUGGCUCGUUCCUGCAUGCAACCAAAGCAGACCAGUAAUCUGAGGGACCCAGAUAACCCUGCCGAGGCUCAUUGAACCUCACCUGGAGCGUCAAUAAUCUGCUGUUUACUGGAAUACCUGCAUCAGGGUUCAACCAGCAGAGCACAAAAGAGCAACAGCUGAGCUAAUUGCCUAGCUGAUGCUGGUGCUUGGUAAUCUCGAAGAGUGAUGUUUCUGCCAUUCUUCUCUGUGACAUAACUUGUACAUAAAGACUUAUCUGUGAAAGCUGUGUGACUGUUUUGCAAGUGACACCUGUGACUUUGAUGGGAAGGUAUGCAGGAAAGGCAUGUAACCGUUUUUAGAUAGAAUCCAAUAUCUGUCCUGAUACAUCCUCUAGCUUUUAAUUAAGUGUGGUUUGAGGGCUCAGGAGAAACACUGCUAUGGAUGCCAGUGUUUAACUAGAAAAUGUACAAGCCUUAACCCUGUUUCCCCUUCUUCCUUUAUUUUUCAGUAACUGAAUGUUAUGUGGAAAGUUCCUUUCUUGAGCCUGGGUGCAGAUGAGUCUUUUUCCUUAAAUCUGCUGGUGUGAAUCAUUGGCAUAAAAUGCAAUUAGCAUCAUGGCAUUUCAGUUAUGUACGGACACGCACAACUUGAGCAUCUCGGUGGUAAGUCGUGCCUGGCUUGAGAAAGGAGGUAGAAGCUGGUUGAACAAGCAUGCAUGCCAAGCUAGACAUUUGAAUAAGAUGUUGGCACUGUCAUAGAGACAUUUUUCCUGAUUGUGUUGCCUUAACUGGAGUCAGGUGAAAUCAUGGGUGAAGAGCAGCUACUCUUUUUAUCUUGUUACCUCUCAAUAUAAGAACAUGUUUUAAAGAAAUUGACAGUGCAUUCGCUAACAUUAUUCAAGAUCAUCUUCAGAAAGAGGCACUAGUUGAAGUAUGGGUGUUUAAAUGGAGUAUCUGUUUGAUGAAGAAUUUAGUUUCUUUUUAUGCAUACAAGUUCAGGAUUUUGACAGCUAAGUUUUGCAUUUAUUAGAGCCCAAGCUCCUCUCUUCCCCUCACUUUCCACCCAUCCUUUUAAAAGAAAUACAAGUUAUUUCUUUUGAAUUAUCAUAUACUCUUUGUUCACAUUUCUGUUGGAUAGCAUUGUGGAUUCUGAAACAGCACCACAUGGCGUAGCCUACUUUUAGAAUUUGUUUCCUGCUGUAGGAAAUGGUACUGAAUAUCAUUGCAACAUUCGGAGAAUCUGAUUUCUUAGUUUCGAAAUUAGUCUAUGGGGAAUGGAAACCAAAAUGAUAUAAUGGAUGAACCAGCAAGACAAAUUGUGUGCUUAGGUUAUUUGAUGCUAUAUGUGUGCCUUGAAUUGAAAUUUGUGCAUCAGGUUUCAAUCACCUAGAUUUAGAGAUGGAAAUUUUUAUCCUUUGCUGAUUGCUACAUUCUAAUUGUAGAAUAAUGAAUGGGAGGCCCUUUACUGAACUGUGGUCCUUUUUAAAAAAUUCCUUAGGGAUACACUUAUCGUUAAGAAAUUCCCCGAGCCAGCUGUUCAUUUGGAUUUAUGUACACACCUGUGCAUGUAAUUAGCACAGCAGUACAAUGACACAAAAUAGGGCAGUUAGGUUGUGUGUGCAGACACAGGCACACACAAUUUUCACUUGUGCUGUGGAUCAACAACUGCUUCUAAGAGAAAUUAUUACUGUAAUUAUUAUUGUGCUGAGUUAUUUUGCAUUUUUGAAAUGAGAAAUGGCAUACCGCAUUUGCUUUGGGUUAGAAAAGCAUGCUACCUCCCUUUUCUUGCCCUUAGAGGCCACAUCUUGGGGACGUUGGUGUGUUUGUCCAUUUCUUUGGUGCUCACCAUUGUAAAACAGUGCAUGGAAGAGUAGCAGUCCUGUAACCAGAUCAUCUUAUAUUGACAUCUACCAGCGGUGUGUGUAUGUGUGUGCAGAAAUGCAGAAAUCUUUAGUGUAAAUAUUAGGUUUUCAUCAUACAAAAAGAAAAGAACUAUCGGAUCUUGUAUAUAGAGCAGUGAGUGUGGUUAUCACUGAUGUUUAAGCUGCGGAUUCAUGUUGUCUUCAUGGAACAAGCGGGGUGAUUGUUUCGCCAAAAGACUUUAAUGACUUUCGUUUCUGGUGUUGGAGGUCUGCCAACAGGAUACGAUCUUGGGUAAAGACUAAAUGUUCAUUUUUUUUAAUUGUUUGCCUUUGAUGUGUGUAAAUAAAGGUUUAUUUUUCUUUGUGAAGCAUA